AUGAAAGUUCCGGGGCAGCCGUCAGCCAGCCCGCCGGGCCCCUCGGGCCAGCAACAUCCCCCCAGUGCCCAGGAACUGUUGGAUUUGGCCGUCUACGGAGACCACCUGAGCCUCUACCAGCCAGGACUACCCCAGCACCCUCACCGCUCGUCAAGAGCCCCCUCGGUGGCCUCCACCGGCUUCGGGCUCUCUGACUACGGCGGUGCGGGAGCCAACCCCUACCUGUGGCUCAAUGGGCCGGCCCUCAGCCAGCCCUCGUACCUACCCAGCUACGGCUGCCCAGGUCAGCGCCCGUUCCUGCCCUCUUCGUCCGGCUUCGGUGCGGCCGCGGCCGAACUCACCUGGUUGUCGCUGUCCAACCAACAGGAGCUCCUUAAGAUAAUGCGGCCGCCUUACUCGUACUCGGCGCUCAUCGCCAUGGCCAUCGAGAACGCUCCUGACAAGAAGCUUACUUUGAGCCAGAUCUAUCAAUACGUGGAGGGCACCUUCCCCUUCUACAAAAAGAGCAAGGCCGGCUGGCAGAACUCUAUCCGUCACAACCUUUCCCUCAAUGACUGCUUCAAGAAGGUGCCGCGUGAUGAAGAUGACCCAGGGAAAGGAAAUUACUGGACCUUGGACCCAAACUGUGAGAAAAUGUUUGAUCAUGGAAACUUCCGGAGAAAGAGGAAAAGACGAGGGGACCCCAAUGGGACAGGGACACUGGGAGCUGUCUCUAAGUCUGAAGACAACAGUUCUGGGACCCUCAAAAACCCAUCGGAGAACCUAGGCCUCAUUGACUCCACCUCCCCAGAACUGCUUAGCUCACCCAGCUCUGGGACUGAGUCCAAACCCCCCCUACUAACUAUAGAGCCCAGCCCAUGUCUCUCUGGCUUCACUUCCACUAUGGGGGCCCUGGCUAAUGGCUGUGGAGUCUUCCCCAGGCACUUCACAGGAGCAGGAGGUGGACCAGUGGGGGACUUAGCUCUGGGAAGGCAGGUGAGCCCUGGCCUCAGCUCCUACCCAGCUUGUUCCAACACAGCACAUGGUGUAGAUCUUGGCCCCCAGGCUCAGAUCCAACACAUGAAUGGUCAUGCCACCAGCUUUCAUAACUUCCAUGUCAACAACUUGAUCUAUAGCAGAGAAGGGACUGAGGUUUAG